AUGGUAUACGAUGGGAAACCGAGCAAAGGCUGCGGUAACUGCCGCUCGCGUAAGAUCCGGUGCGACCAAGCCCGCCCAGUGUGUUGGGAAUGUACUCGAACUAACCGAGAAUGCUCUGGCUAUCGCGAUGAGCUGUCACUGAUGUUCCGCGACCAAAGUGAAUCAGUCAGACGCAAGGCGCGUUCUUCUCGGUCUUCUUCUGCCUCUACGACAGGUUCUCUCAGACGUCAAGGGCCGGCCCGACCGGGCCGCACCGCUUUCCAUGGACAGAAUGUUGUAUCCUCUUCAAUGACAAGCUUCUCAGAAGACACAGAAGUCUACUUCGGUUCCGACCCUGAGCAUCAAUUUCUGACGCGCCAGCUCAGACAGAGUCCUCGGGAGACACAUCCUAACACGGGGCUGUCGAGGCAAGAGGCUAUCUGCUUUUUUCUGCAGUCACAUGCCAUUCCUGGUACAUCUCUGAUGACGGACUCUUUGACCACUUUUCUUAUGCAGCGCGGUGGGUCGUUGAGCCAACAGGCUAUACAGUCUAGCAUUGUGGCGGUUGCCAGCGCCAUGCUCUCGCGCGUUCAGAACGUCAAAUCACUGAGACAGACAGCGCGUCAAGAGUAUGGCUCUGCGCUCAAGAUGGUCAACGAGGCGCUGGCUAAUGCCGACGAGGCCAAGACAAACCAAACUCUUGGCGCAGUCGUGCUUUUGUCUCUAUACGAAAUCGUCAUAUCGAGGGCUCCGCAGGGUAUUGAAAGCUGGACAAACCAUAUUUCUGGAGCUGCAGCUCUACUAGAAUACCGGGGACUUGGACAGCUGCUGACGGAGGCUGGAGUUCGGCUGUUUUUGCAUUUAAGAUAUCAGAUCAUUAUAAGUUGCCUGCAGCGCGACAUACGGGUACCCGGCUCUCUACUGGAGACAACUAAGCUCGAUAUGAUCCCCCAAGUGAAGGACGCCCUUGGUAAUAAGCUGAUUACCAUCAUCGGCAAUCUGGCAAAUCUACGUGCAGAUAUCCACGCAAAUGCGAACAGCAAUCCCCAAGAAGUUCUUAGUGCGGCUUGUGCCAUCGAAGCAGACCUCAUCGCCUGGUUGGUUACCCUACCACCAGACUUUACAUACAGCAGCCAUACAUUAAUGCCACUAGACCGCGCCUUUGAACGCCGGUGCCACGGAAUUCGACCCUUGAACAACGAAUACCACCUCUACCCUGACAUCUGGGCGCCAAGUUGCUGGAACCAUUACCGCUGCGCACGCAUUCUUGUCAGCGAAAUUAUAUUAUCGCAUGCCCACAAGCUGUCUAACAGCUCGGCUACUUCCUUAUCUGAAGACUUUCGCUCACACUGCAAGUCACUGCGCGCAACCAUCCGUCGCUUAGGUGCCGACAUCUGUCGCAGUGUACCCUUUCAUCUUGGUGCUUGUAACUCCGAAGUUCUGCCAGAGACACCUAUUCUUCCUCCGGAGAGCUACUUGGGUGGCCUCAUGCUACUCUGGCCAUUAUUCAUUGCUGGUAUAAUCGAAGGGCCGACUCAUCCGCAACGCCGAUGGGUAAUACAGUGUCUUAAAACGAUAGGACACUCGUGGGGGCUGGACCAGGCACUGGCAGAAAUGGACCUCCUCACUGUAGACCCGGGAAUGUUUUGUUCAGCGGAAAGGUAUGGCGAGGCAGCUGAUGCAGUGGCUGGGUUGUCGGGAGUGCUCCACUUUUCUAUCUUUCAUGUGCCGUAUUAUGGUCUCUCUGCUUUGAAAGAGUAUCAAGCGAUUCGUGCGUCCUCGGCGUGA